AUGCUAGGAGAUUUUAAUUAUUCCUCAUAUGCAAAUGCCUCUCGUGCUGGCCUCGCGCCACGUCUAUGGCUGCAUUUUGUCGCUAACCACUUUGUAGACUGUGUCACUUUGUCUGACGCUCAACCUAUGCCUACCUUUCAUCGCGACCUUUCCUCUUCGACUAUCGACUACAUAUAUGCCUCCAAGGAUAUAGCGUCUUGUCACUCUUCGUCCACCGUCACAUUUGUUCAGCCCCUGUGGACCGAUCAUUGCCUUGUACGUACCUAUCUUAGUUUUCCUAUGCUGUCUCACAUUGGUCGAGGUUUGUGGCGUGCGAACCCUCGUUUGGUGAACAUCCCUUCCUUCCGCUCCUCCCUGUCCGACUGUCUUUCAUCCUUCAUACCACUACUCUCGCCUUCAAUUUCCCCCCAAUCACAGUGGGAUCUGAUCAAAGUCGAAGUGGCUCGUUUCACACGUUCAUAUUCACGCACAACCCGCCCAUCACUUGCCACUUUGGAGAUUGAAUCUACCUGUAAUAUCCACCACUCUCGCUCUCUCUCUAUUCGUGGCCGUGCCACAGUGCUCAACUCUCUCAUCCUCUCUAAGCUCUGGCACGUCCUCAGAGUUGUCACUGUACCUCUAUCCUUUUUCCGUCGACUUCGCUCGAUCAUGACUGCUCUUCAGUUGCGCUGGCUCCGGCCUCUCGUCCGCUCUCCGCUGUCCCCCUCUGGCCUGGUCCCGCCUUGGUUCUCUUACGUCCUCCGCCUCGACUCCUCAUCUGCUGAUCCACUCGUUCCUUUGAUAUUUCCAUCUCUCCGAUCCUCUCAUCAGCGUGAUUUCGACUCUCCUCUGGCCACCCUACUUGCUGCCAUUGAUCUUCUCCCUCACAACUUCUCUGACGUGGUAGUCAACCUCCCCACCUGUCUCUCUCUGCCUCUCUCCUAUCUCACUACCGCACAACCAGACCACCCUCCCUUUCCAUCUGCAUGGCGCGAUCUCCGGGUUUCCGACGCCUAUGAAGUAGAUCCUAGUUUCGGCGUGCUUGCCCAACGCCCCCUCCACCGCAUACUCCGUCGUCCUAUUGUCCUUCACCGGUUCUUCGAACGUCUCUACACUCGCUCUCUUGUCUUGCACCCUGUCCUGUAUCGUGCCACCAUUCCCCCCGCGAUCUGUGCCAUACAGUUUCCUUCGCUAGAUAUGCCUUCCGGUACAGCUGUCUAUGUGCGUCCUUUCUUGACGGCUCUUGUCCCCGGCAUCCCUUGGCAUCGUUUGUCUACCCAGUCUUUCCGCCUACUCUGCAAUUUCCACUCCAAAUCCGCACGCCCCAUAAGCCCCACACUCGUCCCUCGCCAGCUUCGUCGGUUUUGGUCCUUCCCCCUGCCGCAUGGGGCCCGCAACGUUUGGUUUCGUGCCCUGCACAAGAACAUUCCUUGCCGUUCUCGCCUCAAUUCUAGGACCCCUACCGCUUUCCCAGACCCAUCCUGUGCCCUCUGCUCUCACCCUCUGGACAAUCAAACUCAUUUUUUGUUCCAGUGUCCGGUCAAACUGUCCGUAUGGUCGUCAAUCUGGACGUUGUACUUCGCCCAGACCGCGACACCCACUGUCUUGCUUUCUGGUUUGCAAUCCUUCACAUUCCCUCCUUGCACCGAUUCUUCUCUUUCUGCUGCCUCAAUUUUUGGCUGCACGCUGCUGGCUAUAUGGCGCCAUCAUUGGCUGUUCAUAUUUGAUCACGUUCCUUUUGUCUCCUCCGCUGCCUUUUCCACUGCUUCCUCUCUUCUCGACCGCCUCAAGAGCGAACUUGCUCUCGACUUUCCCCACCUUUAG